AUGAAAAAUUCUAACCAUCCCUUUCACUUAGUAGAUUAUAGACCUUGACCUUUAACUGGAGCUAUUGGAGUUAUAGUUUUAGUUACUGGAAUAGUAAAAUGAUUUCAUAAUUUUAACAUAAAUUUAUUAAUUUUAGGAUAUUUAAUUGUUAUUUUAACAAUAUAUCAAUGAUGACGAGAUGUAUGCCGAGAGGGGACACUUCAAGGUAAACAUACUAUAUUAGUAACAAAAGGUCUUCGAUGAGGUAUAAUUUUAUUUAUUGUAUCUGAAAUUUUUUUUUUUGUAUCUUUUUUUUGAGCUUUCUUUCAUAGAAGACUUGCCCCUAAUAUUGAAAUUGGAACAAUUUGACCCCCUACUAGAAUUACCCCAUUUAAUCCAUUUCAAAUUCCAUUAUUAAAUACCAUUAUUCUAAUUAGAUCAGGAGUAUCAGUCACAUGAGCUCAUCAUGCUAUUAUAGAAAAUAAUAACUCUCAAAUAACCCAAGGUUUAUUUAUUACAAUUAUUUUAGGAAUUUAUUUUACUAUUUUACAAGCCUAUGAAUAUUUUGAAGCUCCAUUCACUAUUGCUGAUAGAAUUUAUGGAUCAACAUUCUUUAUAGCAACAGGAUUUCAUGGACUUCAUGUUAUUAUUGGAACAUUAUUUCUAUUAAUUUGUUUAAUCCGACAUAUUAAUAAUCAUUUUUCAAAUAAUCAUCAUUUUGGAUUUGAAGCAGCAGCAUGAUACUGACAUUUUGUAGACGUAGUUUGAUUAUUCCUUUACAUUUCUAUUUAUUGAUGAGGAAAUUAA